AUUGCUAUUUGUGACUAACCACCAUUCUGUCUUUCAGUGGCUCGCUCUUUUUUCAUGUCGGGGUGAGUAAAGUGAAAUAUUCCAUCUAAGUGUGGAUUCAUUUAUUUUUUGAUUGAAUUGCAAGAAAAUAUUCAAUGUAAUAUGGCUAACAAAAUAAUUAAAUCUGGCGGUGCGGAACCCGAUCAGUUUGAGACCCAAGUGGCUCAAGCUUUGUUGGAAUUGGAACAAAGUUCUGAUUUGAAAGCUCAACUUAGGGAGCUCCAUAUAACGAAAGCUAAGGAAAUCGAUUCUAACAACAAAAAGUCUAUCAUCAUCUAUGUACCCAUGCCCAAGCUUAAGCAAUUCCAAAAAUUGCAAUCAGACUUAGUCAGAGAACUUGAAAAGAAAUUCAGUGGCAGGCAUGUAGUUUUCGUAGGAGAGCGUAAAAUCUUGAAUAAGCCUACACGUAAGACUAGGACCAGAAGCAAGCAGAAGCGUCCAAGAUCUCGUACUCUGACUGCUGUUUAUGAUGCUAUUUUGGAUGACUUGGUUUAUCCUGCUGAAAUCAUUGGCAAGAGGAUUAGGGUUAAAUUAGAUGGUUCCCAACUCAUCAAGGUCCAUCUUGACAAAAAUCAACAGACUAACAUUGAACAUAAGGUUGAUACCUUCUCUUCAAUUUACAAGAAGUUGACCGGCAGGGAAGUUAUAUUCCAAUUCCCCGAAUCAUAUUUGUAAUAUUGUUCCAAAUAAAAUGAUAAAAAAAUUUUUGGAAUUUUUGUUCAGGUAUUAUAAAUAUAUAU